UAUCACUAUGCAGAGUGGCAUAGACUUCUUUACUGUUGCAACAUCAAGAUUCAAUUCACAUGCACGAUCGACACUCUCAGAAUUAUGGAUUUCAAGAACUGCCGUCGGAUUUUUUACUUUCUGAAAAAAGCGCACACCGCUUGUGCCCUCAAUAUAAAGGCGCUUGGAUCGCAAUGGAAGAACUUGACAGUCUGUAGCAGGACUCUGCCUCCGAGAUAGAGGACUCUCAGACUGAGAAUUUUGGAAUCACAGUAGAUGGUCGACAUCCGAGAGUUGAUGGAGGUACCAUGCGACGAAUCAUGCUCAAACCAUAGCAAGUCCUUCGAGGAAGUUAUCAAGGUUCUAGACAGCAAUUCGGAGUUGGGGCUCUCGAAUGCCAAAGCUGAGCGAUUGCUGAAGCAGUACGGUCGCAACGAGCUCAAGGGUCAGGGGGCAGUGAACCCAUGGAAAAUUUUGCUUGCGCAAGUGGCCAACGGCCUGACGGCCGUGCUGACAAUCGCUAUGGUGGUGUCUUUCGCCGUAAAAGACUACGGCGAAGGAGGAGUGUUGGUGCUAGUGAUUGCAUUCAACACCAUCGUUGGAUUCAUGCAAGAGUAUCGCGCGGAGAAAACCAUGGAUGCCUUGCGAAAGAUGGCGUCGCCGUCGGCGAAGGUCAUCCGAGAGGGUAUUCAGCAAAGAAUCUCCAGUACGGAUGUUGUUCCAGGAGAUGUGCUGACUUUCGAGGUCGGCGACAUUAUUCCUGCAGACUGCCGACUGAUGGAGGUCCUGAAUCUUGAAGUUGACGAGGCUUUGCUCACUGGUGAAUCUGUACCUUCGAUCAAGCUCGUAGAGCCAAUUCUGGGCAAGGAUGUCUCGAUUGGCGAUCGCAUCAACAUGGUGUACUCGAGCACCACGGUGGCGAAGGGAAGAGGUCGAGCAAUCGUUGCAUCCACCGGGAUGUCCACUGAGAUUGGAAAGAUUUCCAACGCAAUCAAUGAAACACCUGCGCAAUUGACUCUCUUGCAGCGGAGGCUUAACAUGAUGGCAUACGUGCUGAUGGUGAUCGCGCUCAUCUUAGCACUGAUUGUUUUUGCUGUGAACAAAUUUGAUUUUAACACGGAAAUAAUUAUCUACGCCAUCGCCCUCGCAAUUGGUGUCAUCCCAGAGGGGCUUAUCGCGGUCAUUACCAUUGUGCAAGCUCUCGGCGUACGGCGGAUGGCCAAGCAGCAUGCACUGGUGCGGAAGCUGGUAGCUUUAGAGUCCCUGCAGGCGGUGACAAACAUCUGCUCAGACAAGACCGGCACUUUGACGCAGGGCAAGAUGGUGGUGACGAAUGUUUGGUUCCCUGGACACGACUCCGAGUACAUCAUCUCCGGCCAGGGAUACGAGACCAAAGGCGACAUUUCGGCUCAGGGCCGUGCUAUCGCCACAGAGACAGCGCUCGAGGACUUGAAUUUCCGGAAGCUGGUGGAGUGCUGCGCGUUAUGCAACACGGCAAACAUCGUUGAGGCUUCAGAGGGCAACGUGUGGGGGGAUCCAACUGAGAUUGCUCUGCAGGUGUUCGCGUACAAAAUGCAGAUGGGGAAGCCUAUCCUGCGCAAGACCAAGAAGCCGGUUGAGGAGUUCCCCUUCAGCUCCGACACCAAGCGGAUGAGCAUGGUUUACCUAACAAAACUCGAAGACGUGCUUGAAGUUUAUUCAAAGGGGGCAGAGGUUGUGCUGACAAUCUGCGACGAUGUGAUGGAACGGACGGGGAACCUCAGGAACAUCAGCGAGGACGGUGAGUUCAUGAAGAAUGUGACUGUACAACAAGAGGAGAUGGCGAAACAGGGUUUAAGGGUUUUAGUGAUAGCCUACAGACAAGAAUCUGAGCGAGCGAUUGGCAAGCCGGUGUGUAAAUGGAAGCGUGAGGAUGUUGAGAGUAAUUUGACAUUCCUAGGGUUGGUAGGAAUCCGAGACACUCCUCGGAUAGAGUCCAAGGAAUCUGUGAGUCAGUGUCACCAAGCUGGUAUUACUGUCCACAUGCUCACGGGAGAUCACAAAGCUACGGCUCUGUCCAUCGCCAGGGAAGUUGGCAUCUUGGAGCCACUGUCCGCAUCCAAGAGAUCUACAUCGAAACGUGGAGUGAAAGGUGAUGCCCAUGUGGUGCCCAUGUCAUCGUCUGUGAUGACGGCAACGGAGUUCGACCCGUUGUCGGAGAAGGAGGUGGACGCACUGGACGAACUUCCACUGGUGAUUGCGAGGUGCACACCAUCAACGAAGGUGAGAAUGAUCGACGCACUGCACAGGAGGAAGAAGUAUGCGGCUAUGACGGGAGACGGAGUGAACGAUGCGCCCAGUUUGAAGAAAGCGGACGUGGGAAUAGCCAUGGGAGCUGGGAGUGAUGUGGCCAAGACAAGCAGCGAAAUUGUACUUACAGACAACAAUUUCGCAACAAUUGUUCAAGCCGUGGCCGAGGGACGUCGAAUAUUUUCCAACAUCAAGAAAUUCGUUGUGCAUUUGCUGAGCACUAAUGUUGGACAGGUCAUUGUGCUCCUCGGAGGGCUGGCGUUCAAGGAUGGCUCUGGAAUGUCAGUGUUUCCACUAUCCCCUGUACAGAUUCUAUUCCUGAAUCUUAUUACGGGCACGCCACCCGCCAUGGCAUUGGGAAUUGAGCGUGCCUCCUCCACAGUCAUGCAAGUACGACCAUAUCUCAAGGGACUAUUCACGAAUGAGCUCAUCGCUGACAUCCUCGUUUACGGUACCUUCACCGGCGUCUUGGCCCUUCUGAAUUGGGUGCUUGUUAUCUACGCAUUCGGGAAUGGCGACCUUGGCAGUCAGUGCAAUACUUCAUCGAAUCUGGGAGCUUGCGUGACCGUCUUCCGCGCUAGGGCGACUGUGCAAAUGGCAUUCACAUGGAUGAUCCUAUUUCACGCUUACAACUGCCGACACUUGCGAGCAAGUCUGUUCACCACGGAAGGAGGCGGCCGUUCUCGCUUUUUCGCCAACAAAUUGAUGGUUGCCUCGGUGUUCUUGGGCGCUGUCGUGCCAGUUCCCACCCUGUACAUACCGGUCCUCAACACCGGCAUCUUCAAGCAGGAAGGUCUGACAUGGGAGUGGAUCCUUGUCGGUAUCACCAUGGUUGUGUUCUUUCUGUUGUCGGAGUUUUACAAGUUGCUCAAGCGGCGCUUCAUCACCACCCCUUACACUAUUGGUUUACUGAUACAAUGCUGGGUAUCGCAUGGCCUCUUCUUAGUCUUCGUCUCGAUUUGGAUUGAAGCUCAACAUCACUCAAACACUGCUUGGUCAAGAGUGAUAACAAGAGAUGAAGAGUUCCUAGUGCAGCAUGAAACUUUUGGAAUGUCCUGGAGCAUCCCUGAUGAAGAUAUUCCCUCCUCCAGUUGGCAGAGACGAUCGGGGAAGAUGCCGAAAUGCGUGACUGCAAGAGUGAAGCGGAGAAAGGUUCGUGAUUAAAAAAGACGAUCACAUUUGCUUGGACACUGAUGUGGUAGAACAGGCUUAGGACUUCUGCAACAAACCAGGAGCAGCAGCACAAGGACAAGAAUGAAGACGGUCAUUGUUGAAUAGUGAGGGCGCGUCGAUGUCAGCAUCGAUGCUAUGAAGCGGAGUCUGCCUGACAAGGCACAGAUUCAAUGCAAAUGGGAAGAGGAAGAGCCUACAAGAAGUAGAAUAAGAGGAUUUCACUCACAGAUGGCCACAAACUGCGACUGCAUGAAUGAAUUAACGAAGGCAGCCCUACCAAUCGCCACACCGCCUCAUAUUGCCAUUCUCCUUCUUCAGCUCUUUUGGAAAAUAGUGGCGCUGCCGCACAUAAACUUAAAACCAAUAACAACAAUUAAAAAAUAUAUAAAAAUAACAAUAAUCUGUAAAAUAUUAAAAUUAAGUUAUGAAAAUCUUAUUAUAUUUUCAAUUUAAGAGUAUUUCUCAAAAUAUUUUUUAGAAUGGGAACAAGAUGAAGGUGAGUGCGGAAUGGCACAAAGAUAUUGGGUUGGGAGGGUUGCAACUGUCAUUUCAACUAACGAAUUUCAGAUGAAUACAGGUAAAAUUACAGUGCAAUAACUCUGGAGAAAAUUCUCACAAGAAGAUUUACAUUACACAACCCAGUAAAGUAUUAUUGGGUGUGGUGCUGAAAAAUAAUAUAAUAAAAAUAAUUGUAUUGUUUCUAAUUUGUAAACUUACUAUAACUCAGAUAAAAGUGUAAACCAUGCUGCACUGCUUUUACCAAAGAGGAUAAGUGAAAAUCUAACCAUAUUCUUCAUCAAAUCAAUAUUAUGUUGAAAUAUUUACUGAACAUUUCACUGUUUCAAGUAACUCCAAAAGUUUAAUUCUAAUUUGAAACUUGUUGGACCAAACUUUUGAAAUACUUACUGAACAUUUGAUUGUUGGACCAAACUUUUGGAGUUACCAAUAAAAUUGCAGUCCUCCUUGAGCCUUCAAAAAAUUUCUUGCCAUUUUAAGUGAUAUAAGAGCUAUGAGAAUUGUUUAAUUUUUAUUUUAAUCAUUAUUAAAAAAAAACAUGAAAAAAUGAAAAAAAA